UGCAGUGUGAGGCACAGAGCACUCCUGAAAUUAUUGGAUGAGUCUGACCAGGAUCACUUUUCUUUGUUUUCUUUGGAAAUACUUUAUUUUCUUAGCAUUUCAGAAGAUUACAACGUCUUACCAUUCAGGUUCCCAGACUUUUACCGAACUGAUUUCCUUUUCAAGCAUAACAACCACGACUUCCUGUAUUGCUACAAAUCUCAAGAUCUGGGCCUCCUGCUGAAGAGACUGCUAAGAAGGUUCACCUAUCAUUUGAAAGAUGGCAAGUACAUUCAAGAAAAUUGUUCUUCUGCAAGGCUUAUAUCCCAUCAGUGAUUUUCAUUUUAGAACAAUAAAGUCCUUACUGGCUCCUCGGUUAAAACUGAAUGGAAGCAAGCAAGAUGAAUACGACAAAAUUAAAUUAGCUGACCUGAUGGCAGAGAAGUUCAAAAGUGAUGCAGGACUGGGAAAACUGAUAACACUUUUCAAAGACAUACCGGGUCUGGAGAGCACUGCUGACCUUCUUAAAAAAGAGAAGGCAAAAGUAUUAGGUAAAAUGAAAUGCAAAGGAAAAGUCAAGAAUACAGGGAAAAGACGCAAGCAGGAUGAAUCCAGUACUGAGCAAAAUACACUCAUCACAGAUGGAGCUUUCGAACCAGAAUCAGUUAAGGAUGUGUCUCUGUCAAAGAGUUCAUCUAGGAUGAAAAAGCAAGAGACCGAUUGCCAGACACUACUGAAGAAGAAGAAAAAGAAAAAUUCAACCAAGAAAACAGAUGACUUGGGAAUAAACAUGGUAAAGCAGAACAUGGGCUUGAUUCCAGAAACUUCCACGAUCACCACAGGUCUGCAGAGCCCUCACAAGCCUCCACCCACCUCUUCCAGCAGCUCCUCAACAAAGGAAAAGAAAAACACAAUGACCAAAAUAGAUGACUCCAUUAAGAUAUUAGAGACUGGACGGCCCACGACUAGCGCACUUGCAACAGGGAGCUGUCCUCAAACUCUUCCGAAGCCUUCAGUCACGUCACUCAGCAGCCUCCAUACUCCUCAGAUGCUGCCAACACCACCCAACAGUGAGCAGUCUCCUCAGAUGCCUUUAGCAACGCUGUCCGCCACUCGGCACACUCCACAAACAUCAUCCAGAAGUCUCCAGAAUCUCCAGCUACCUCCAGCAACACCGUGCAGCAGUCAGCAGACUCCCCAGAUCCCUCCAGCAAAACUAUCUAGUAGUCCUCAGACUCCACAAAUGCUUACAUCAAUAUCCUCCGGAAGUCUACAGACUUCUCAGACACGUCCAGUAACCCCAUCUUAUGGUCUCCAGACUCCUGAGAUGGCGGCAACACCAUCCAGCACUGUCCAGAUUGCUUGGUUGUGUCCAGCAACACCCUCCAGCAGUCUCCGGAUUCCACAGACGACUCUAGCAGCUUCCAGCAGUCCGCAGACUCCUCAGAAGCCUCCGAAAACACCAUCCAGCAGGCUUCAAACUCAGAGGCCUCCAAAAACACCAUCCAACAGUCUGCAGACUCAUCAGAUCCCUCUACCACCAUCCAGCAGUCUGCAGAUUCCUCAGAAGCCUCCAAAAACACCAUCCAACAGUCUGCAGACUCCUAAGAUCCCUCUACCACCAGCCAGCAGUCUCCAGACUCCUCAAGUAUCUCCAGCAUCAUCCAUAAAUCUCCAGACUCCACAGAUGCUUCCAGAAACAACAUCCAGCGAUCACUUACCCACGAAAAUGGUGAGGGGAGAGUGCAUUUUUUAUGAAAUAGAAGAUAACACAGGAAAGAUGGAAGUACUGGUACAUGGACGACUGACCAAUAUCUACUGUGAGGAAGGUGAUAAACUUCACCUUACUUGUUUUGAAUUGGCCUCAAGUAUGAAUAGCCGGCAGCUGAGAUGUUUAUAUCAUAGUCACCUCAAGGUCAUCAAAGCCAAGAAAAAGCAGAUACAGCCACUGAAUUCUGACUCAAAUGUGGAAACUUUACUGGAGUCCUAAAAACCUGGAUGCCACUGACAAUGAUGUUGAAGUAAAUAAGAUCCAAGUUUAGGAAGAAAGUAUAUGUAAACACCAGCUCUGAGCUGGUCAUGGUGGUACAUGCCUAAAAUAUCAGCACUUUGGGAAGCUGAAGAAGAAGGACCAAAAUUUCAAACCCAGACCAGGCACUUUAGAGACUUAGCAAGAUCCCACUUCAAAAAAAAAGCUUGUUUUAAAGUGUCAAUGCAAAGAUCCUGGAUUCAUCCCCCAGUAUCACCACCAAAAACAAAUAAAAGACAAACAACACAGAAUACGGUCAGAAACAAAAGAAAAAAACAAACACAGGAGGAAA